CUUGCCCAUACAAAAAAUAUAAACAAAUAUAGAAAGAAAUGUGAAAUUUCGUGAACAAUGGUGAAUCUCGAAUUUUGCUAAUUUUUGGGCAAUCUUGAUAUAACUCUUUCCAUAAUUCGUCAAAAUGCAGUACGAUGAAAUCAAAGAGGUGUCUGAAAUAAACACUCCACAACUGAAUGAUUUGGAUUCUGCUCUUGAAGAACUGGGCAUGUUAGCCUCUUCUACCAAUUCCAGAAAUGAAUAUUUAAAAGAAAUUUCUGCUUAUCCAUGCUCAAGUACUCUGAAAAUAAAUACAAAGUAUAUCAGCAAUGUUAUGAUAGCCUGCGGAAAAUAUAAAACUAAAUCACACAGCAGGUUCAUGCCUUAUAUGACAAGAGUACGAAAUAGAACAAAAUCAGAAAAUAAUGAUAAUGAGUGCUUUGGUCUGCAAAAAGUGUUAAAUGACUCUCUGAAUAGUGUUGAGAACUUUGCAGAGCUCAAAAAAGCUAAGUCACUGGAAAGUAUAGUGAAUGAAAACAAGGAACAUAAAGAUUUUAACAACAUUCAUUUUGACAAUCUACCAGAACUUGAAACCGUUAGUGAGUGUAUUCAAAAUUUGAAAUUUGGGGAAUAAAUAAUUAAUUUUUGGAUAUAAAAAAGUCUAAGAAAAGGAUUGACAAGGAAGUUAUUCAUUCAGUUAUCACAUCAACAUUCUUUUAUUUCUACUUAUAGUUAUGAGCAACUUAAUUAGAGGUCCUAUGUGAAACUAAUCACAAUUAAAUCAAGCUGGAUAUAUACAGAGGAAGGUAGAAGCACUUUCACUGAUUGUAGAAAUAAAUAGAUGUAGAGAAAGAUAAUAAAUCCUAUGAUACAAGUCUUGAAACAAGCGAAAAUUGCCUCUAUAAAAUUGACUUUAAUGUACAUUUCAAGAUGGGCAUUAUGUAUACACUAAUACAAUUCUCCAGUUUGCAGAUAAAAGAAAAAUUUUCCUUACUUGAUCAUUAUCAACUGUUAAUUUAUUGACUGAUCUUGUGUAUGUAUGAUUUGAAGAGAAAUAUAAUUUAUAUUGAAUGUU